AGGUGGUUCUCCUACUCCCCCCCUCCCCAGAUCAAUCCCCGGCCAACCUUUCUCUCUCUUCCUCUCUCUAGACCAGUGGCACGGUCGGUCGCCGCCCGUCCCUCCGCCGCCACCGCCCCCUAAACCACCGUCACGGGCGGUCAUCUCCUCCACUGCCGCCGGUUUGAGCCAAAGCCACUGACAUAUAGAUUCAAGGUUCUGGACUUCAAAAUUUUAGCGAAGAAAAUAAGCUGCAGACAAGUGCAAUUUAACAGGACUGCAGCAAUUCUUUUAUGUCUGCUAUUUUGCCUCAUUUCGUGGUCGAACAAAGUGAUUUCUUGUCCGAGCAUGCUAAUAUCAUAGGCUUGGCUUCAGUCAGCCUCAAGAGAAAACCAGCAUGCGACUUUCCUCAUCUCUCCAUGAAUUGCCAACAUUCUCUAAACUAAAUCCCGUAGAGGGUGACCUUGGCCUUGAAACCGGUAGAAGUUAUGCCCAUGCAAAACCUCUCCGUGCUCUACAAAGAGAGGGUGCUGCUGGAUCUAGCUUUUCAAAGGAGAAAUCCUCUCCAGCAACCCCAACUAAACGAAGGAAAUGGAUAUGGGCAGUUCUAGGUGCUAUUGCCAUUCUCUUAUUAUUUUUAUUCAUUUACAUAUGUUCAAGAUAUUUUAGUACUUAUUUAUCGCGUGAAACGUCGGAGUAUUAUGUCAUACUUGACUGUGGAAGUACUGGCACUCGCGUUUAUGUCUAUGAGUGGUCUAUUAAUCGAAAUAAAGGCCACUCAAAUUUACCUAUUGCCUUGAGAUCAUUACCUGAAGCUUCUCAAAGAAAAUUCAGUGCAGGGAGUGGCCGUGCUUAUCAGCGUAUGGAAACAGAGCCUGGUUUUCAUAAACUUGUCCGCAAUGAAAGCGGGUUGAGGGAUGCAGUAAUGCCACUUCUUCAGUGGGCUGAGAAACAGAUACCCAAGCGUGCUCACAAAAAUGCCUCUCUCUUUCUUUAUGCUACUGCUGGGGUUCGUAGGCUACCAAGUUCUGAUUCAGCAUGGCUUCUGGACAAGGCAUGGAAUAUUUUGAAAAAUUCAUCAUUUUAUUGUAAGAGAGAUUGGGUUAAGAUCAUAACUGGCAUGGAGGAAGCUUAUUAUGGAUGGAUAGCUCUUAAUCAUCAUAUGGGUAUGCUAGGUUCCUCACCAACUAAAGAGACAUUUGGUGCACUUGAUUUAGGUGGUUCAUCAUUGCAAGUUACUUUCGAGACUGAGAAGCCAACGCACGACGAGACUGGCAUUAUUUUGAGAAUUGGAGCUGUUAGCCAUUAUUUAAGUGCAUAUUCUUUAUCUGGCUAUGGAUUAAAUGAUGCAUUUGACAAAUCUGUAAGCUAUCUUCUCAAAAGGUUCUCAGGAACUGCUGCUGCUGGCUUAAAUAAUGGAAAAAUUGAGCUUAGGCAUCCAUGCUUGCAGACUGGGUACAAAGAGGAGUAUACCUGUUCCCAUUGUGCGACAAUUAACCAAGAAGGAAGUCCUUUGAUUGGAGGGAAAACCAGUUCGGGGCAUCCUGGAAUGGUUAUUCAACUCCUUGGUGCUCCUAAUUGGGAAGAAUGUAGUGCACUUGCAAGAAUAGCAGUCAAUCUAUCUGAAUGGUCUAGUACAAGCUCUGGAGUUGAUUGUAAACUCAAACCAUGUGCUCUCAGUGACAAUUUGCCUCGUCCACGUGGACAAUUCUAUGCCAUGUCUGGUUUCUUUGUGGUCUUUCGGUUUUUUAACUUGACUUCUAAGGCCACUCUUGGUGAUGUACUAAAAUUGGGUAAGAAAUUUUGUGGAAAAACAUGGGAAGUUGCAAAGAACAGUGUUGCUCCACAACCUUUCAUAGAACAAUAUUGCUUUAGGGCACCAUACAUUGCCUCGCUAUUAAGAGAGGGAUUGCAGGUCAGAGAUAACCAAGUGGUCAUUGGUUCUGGUAGUAUUACUUGGACUCUGGGAGUUGCAUUGUCUGAGGCCGGACAGGCAUUGUCUAGCAGAAUUGAUCUUCAGAGCUAUAGAAUAUUGCACACAGAUAUAAAUCCAACUUAUCUUCUUCUCCUACUUUUGGUGUCAAUCAUACUCUUGCUUUGUGCACUAUCAUGUGUUGGCAAAUGGACCCCAAGAUUUCUCCGGAGAUCAUAUCUCCCACUUUUUAGGCAUAACAGUGCAACCAACUCAGUUCUCAACAAAUCAUCUCCUUUCCUUUUCCAGCGAUGGAGUCCCAUAAAUUCAGGUGAUGGAAGGGUAAAGACACCACUUAGUCCUACUGUUUCUGGCUCUGAGCAGCAUCCUUUUGGCAUGGAAUAUGGAUUUGGAGGCAGCAGCAUUCAGCUUAUGGAAUCUUCUUGGCACCCAUUAGGUGUUUCUCAUAGUUAUUCCUCAGGUAGCUUAGGCCAAAUGCAGAUUAGCAAUGGAAUGGGAUCCUUCUGGCCACCUCACAGGGGUCAGACAACUCUUUCAAGCCGCAGAUCACAAUCUAGAGAAGACCUCAAUGCUUCAUUGGCAGAAGCUCAUAUGGCGAAGGUUUAGCAUAUCUGUGCUGUUGACAAGCUGGUAUGAGAUUGUGACAAAUCAGAAUCUGCAAGACAAUGUGCCCACCUGCGUCACUGCAGCAUGUUCUUUGAUUCACCUUAAGCCCCAGGCGCUCUUGGUCCCCUUCAAUUUUGUUUUCUGACGUGAAGGAGCUUCAGCAGGAUGCCUCGUAUUCCUUUUUUAUUUUUACAACACAGUAAAUUGCUUGUUUAUCAUAAUUGCUAACUGAAAAUUAUUAUUUUUUCUUUUAAUAUUACUAGUAGUUAUUCUUUAUCAUCCA